UAAUACGUGCAACUCCAUGCUCUGCUUCCUCUGUGAGGAAAGAAACCUGAAGACAAGUGACUUUUAACUUUACAAGAGUUGGCCUCUUAUUUUCCUCCCUCUCCGAGUGUCAAGCAGUGUUUGAUUAGUCUUGUAUAGUGGGAUAAUACUUUGUUAACUGCUGUUCUCUUUUUCUUGUGAUUUCACCAUCCAUCCAUGGAGAUCCUACAUAUGGCCUGUUGGUACAUGACAGGAGUGAUGUGUAGAAGGGAAGCCAGCCAAGGCCCUGAGCAGAUCACACAGUGAUUGGUUCCCACAGCUUGGUGCAUGUUCAUGGUCAUCAGGUUGUUUGUUCUCCAGCCUGCUGAGCUGCUGCCAGAUUCUCGUCAAAUGUGAAUUGUGUCCAGUCUGCUCAGUGGUAAAUCAGAAUGUCACCACUUGACCUUGGCAGAGUUACCUGGUAAUGAGGAUGAAAGGUGUAUGGAACAAUUUGUGUCUGAGUCACCGAGUUUCCCUUCAGCAGCAUGAAUGUGUCAUCUGUUUUGUCAUGGCUCAUCUUGAGCAAUAGAAGCCACAGUUGUCGCGGAGAGGAACGGGAAGUGCAGCAGCCUGCAGGUCAGAAGGUUGCCAGGAUACAUCCAGGCGACAAAGGCUAGGGUUCCUGUUCCUGCAGCCUCGCAUACUACAGGGACUCCUGCAAGAGGGCAUGUGAACCCGGGAGCUCUCAGCUAUUUUGCUCCUCUUUCCACCAGCAGCCCACCAUAACAGCCAAAACAGAAAGACAAAGAACAAAUGUUACAAGGCGAGGCUCUCAGAAGAUCUCGGAGGCACGGGGCGUUCAAUGGGGACUUUGCAGUGCUCCAGGCUGCUGCCCCUCAAUGAAGCUCUGAGUCCUGGCCUGAAGGGCUAAGGUACUGGCUACAAUGUGGAACCCCAGGAGAGCCACCCUGACUUCUAAGAAGAAGCCCCAAAUGAAACUGGGCUGAAAUCAGAGCAAGGACUAAAAGAAAGAUUUAUUCGUUAAUGGAAAGAGGAAAGGAGAAAAGGGUUUCCAAAAACUUGCAACAAACUUUCCAUCGCUCUAAAGAACCUACCUUCCUUAUCAACCACGCUGUUCUGUCUCGUGACUCCUCUUCUAGCCUUUUGCCAGAAACAGAGCGAGUCAAUCCUGCUGAAAACAUAAAGACAAACCCUCAGAAAACUAGGCCUGGAACUGUGAUCCUCUCAAAACGGUCCGGUAAGAGAAUUAUGUCGGAAAGCCAGCCUAGCCCACCCGUGAUCCCGUCCCGCAGGCCCGCAUUCCGCAUAUGCUAUAUCUGUGGCCGAGAAUUUGGGUCCCAAUCACUCGCCAUCCAUGAGCCCCAGUGCUUGGAGAAGUGGCGAAUUGAAAACAGCAAGUUGCCCAAGCACCAGCGGAGGCCAGAACCCUCCAAACCACAGCCCCUGGGCGGCGGCAGUGGGUCCUACAUUCUUCAGGCAAUGAACGAGGCAGCGUUCCAGACUUCUCAGGCCCAGCUGCUGCCCUGCGAAUCCUGUGGCCGCACAUUCUUGCCAGACCGUCUUCUUGUUCACCAGAGAAGUUGCAAGCCCAAGGGUGGUGGGCCCAGAGAACCAAACAGCAACAAUUCUAAUGACCUUACUGGUCUUAAGAAAGCUUCUGGUGGUGUCUCAGCUCGACCAAGGACUCUCCUCUGCUACAUUUGUGGCAGGGAAUUUGGCUCCCUCUCCCUUCCUAUUCAUGAGCCCAAAUGCCUGGAAAAGUGGAAAACAGAAAAUGACCGGCUCCCUAGGGAGCUCCGCCGGCCAUUCCCACAGAAGAAGCCUCAGCCCCUUGUACCUGGCGAGGGGCCAAGUGAAGCUCAGCUUGAGCCCUGCCCAAACUGUAGCCGGACCUUUGCUCCCCAGCGCCUUCUGGUGCAUCUGAGAAGUUGUAAGGCUCAACCAAGUGGGCCACGCAUUCAGAAUUUGACUUUAGAGAGUAAAGGUGGCCUGAAAGAGUCCACUAAUUUCAAGCAGCAAAGGCACGAGGCCGCACCCACUGUGACUGAUAAGCCAGCAAUGAUUAGGCGUCCUCCAACAAUCGUUUGCUACAUUUGUGGUCGUGAAUAUGGAACAAAAUCAAUUGCCAUCCAUGAGCCACAAUGUCUGAAAAAAUGGCAUAAUGAAAACAACUUGCUGCCUCAAGAGUUAAGGAGACCAGAACCUAAGAAACCUGAAGUCAGGGCCAUUAGUGCCAAAGGUUUCUAUGAUCUCGAUUCCUUAAAUGAAGCUGCUUGGAGAAGUGCCCAGAGCCAGUUGGUUCCCUGCAAUAUUUGUGGGCGUACCUUCCUGCCAGACAGACUGAUUGUUCACCAACGAUCCUGUAAACCAAAAGCCACCAAGUAAAGCCCGUUCUCUCUGUGAAA